GAGAUUGCACUGGGUCGGGGCUCCGGGCGGUCAGCACGGCUAAAUAAAAAUGCGUAAAAUCUGCAGAGGAAAUGUUGCCUUGUGGGCAGUCACAUGGUGGUUGUUUGUAGGUGUUUCCCUCUAGCUGUCAGCACUUUUGGAUAGGCUGGUUUCUUGUUGCUGCUCUGUCAAUCCACAAGUGAAAGGGGAAGAGAGGUCAGUCUUGCUAGCGUUAGCCAGCUAAAACAGCAGUUAAAUAACAACUAACGCAGCCGGGAACUUGAGAAACUCAUCGCAGUUUUCUGGCUGAUUUGAGUCCAAGUGCUGGCGAAAAGGAAAAAAAGGAGGCAUGAAUUCCGCGGCCUCUCCGACUAUUGGGGAGUUAUUCCUCACCCUCGCUGAGAUGGGAUUCUCUGAGGAGCAGAUCCAGGCUGCUGUACAGGCCGGGCAUUUUUCUGUGGCAGAGGCAGCUGAGUGGCUCUUACAAGGACAAUAUCCACGCUACAAAUUGGUGAAGCAGACAUCACAGCCAGCCGAAACAGCCUUUUCUGCAUUCAACCCUCCCAAAGAGACAGAGAGCCCAAGUACCUCCAAGUCACAUACAGUUCCCUCUGACAAUCAAGCCUCCCCCUCUUUGGUCCUGAGAUCACCGCAGUCUUCCACCUCGUCCACAGACCCACUCCCAGUCGAGUCCCGGAUCAAACAAGACAAGAGUGACUUUGAAGAGCAGCAGAGACAACGUGUGGCUCAGGAGGCGAAAGCAGAGAGAAGACAAAAGAAACAGGAGCGAGAGUUGGUCUUAAAGCGGAUUGCUGAGGAUCGGAAGAGCUUGCAGGAGAAGACUCAGACUAGUGCCAUCUCUGACACCUCCCCCUCCAGUGAGCAAGGCCAAAAACUUGGGGGAAAGAUUCAGACUAAUGUGGAUAACAACUGUAUCCUCAUGAUCCGCCUGCCAUCUGGCGAGUCCAUGCGUGAGCGCUUCCCAGCUGAUGCCCCCCUGCGCAGCGUGGUGGAGCACAUCUCUGGGCGUCACCCCUCCCUACCCACCUUCUCUCUCCUCCAGGGUUUCCCUCGGAAGCGCUUUGGGGAGGCAGAGCUAGCUUGUUCGCUGCGCUCUCUCGGCCUGACACCCAACGCUGCACUGUGCAUCCAGACCACUCCUCCAGAGACACCGCAGGACCCACCCAGCCCAGCAGAUCAGCUCUCCGCGGGACAGAACGACCAGCCUCCCUUAGCUGUGCCUCCUCAGUUGGUCGUACCUCCUAGGCCACAAUUCCCCGUCCACCAGGUGGCAGGACGGGAGGAUCCUGCUCUGCCCCCACCUCUGCCCCAUCAACUAUGGGAAGAGGCAGUGGGUUACGCAGGGAUCCCUGGUGUUGGUCCUCCACUGUCUGGGCCUUCUCACUUCUGGGGGCGAGGCCAGAAGUUGGUUCCCGGCAAUGCUGGGGAAGCUGCCAGCUCAGACGAUGAGCAAGAGGCAGAGGCAGAGGCAGAGGCAGAGGGAGAGCCACCUCUCAUGCUUAACGGGAUGCCGAGGCUGCCUUUCUUCCCAGAGAACAGGGGUCGUGGAGGAUUUGAGCCCAGGCACCAAUGGCCAGAGCAAGGGAAUCGACUCAGGGAGGCACCAGGUGAUGACCCGGCAGAGAUGGAGGAUGCCGGAGGUCGGGUGGUGCCUGGAGCCGCAGGGCAGGCUGCGGUGGAGCGUCUUCAAAGAGCAGCACACCAGGAAGAUUCCCCAGUCACCCAGGGCCACCCGUCACCCCCUAAGAGACCCUUCAGAGCACCCAGCGUUCCUUCUUUACGUGACAUGGCCACCCGUGCAACUGUCCACCUCAUGACAGCUCCUAGUAUGCAGUACAGCAGCAGUCUGUCAUGUCUGACCCCGGAGCUAGCAGAGCUCCUGCUCAACCACAUGUCCCGUGAGAGACUCCUACGUCCACGCACCCUGGAGCUCUUCUUUGGCUGCCCCUUGCAGAAGUUUGUUCUCAACUGCUACCCUUACUCCACCAAUGAGCUUCUGCGGCAGUUACGGGCGUUCACUGCCCUGAAGCAUCUGAGUCUGGUCAACUCGCCGCUCAUCACCGACUCUGGCUUAUCAAUUCUGUCUAGCCUGGUCAAACUGCAGUACCUCAGCCUGGCCUCCUGUAGCAAGCUGACUGACUCCUGCCUGCAGCAUAUCACAGGUUUAAAAAGCCUGUGUUUCCUGUCUCUGGACCAGACCAAAGUGACUGAUGCAGGGAUGGUGCUGUAUCUGCAGUCGGCUCCUUCCUGCCUCACUCAGCUCAGCCUGAACCAGACGGCAGUGACCGAGGCCACCCUGGCAGUACUGCCCACUUGCGCGCCACAGCUAAGACUCCUUAGCAUCAAGCACACCAAGGUCAGUGAUGUGUCAGCUUUGGCAGAGCUGGCCAGCCUGCAGACUCUCAACCUGGAUGGGACAGGUGUGACAGAGGGCUCCUUGGAGCACCUCGCUUCCCACCCCACCCUGUCUUCCCUCAGUGUGGCAGGCAUCCCUGUCGUAGACGGAAACCACGCCCUAGAAAUCAUCUCAGGUUUAAGGCUGACCCAGCUCACCCUUCCUGGACGCCACUCUGUGACAGACAGCGGGCUGUUGUUCCUCUCCAGACUGUCUCUGCUGUCAGAACUGGACCUAACAGACUACACACAAGUCACAGACCAGGGAGUCAGCCAGCUCUCCACCAUGACCAGAUUGAAGAAGCUGUCACUCAGUAAUACUCAGGUGACAGAUGCCGGGCUUCCACCUCUGUGCAGCCUGCAGGAGCUGCAGGAGCUGUGUUUGGACCGCACCGCCGUCACCAGCCGAGGAGUGGCUGGCCUCAUCACCUGUCUGCCGCACCUCCAGGUGCUGGGGUUGGCCAGCACCCAGGUUGGAGACACAGUAGUGAGGAGAGGUUUGACCCACUGCAGUCAGCUGCUUAAGCUUAACCUCAGCCGCACCCGCAUCACAGACCAUGGUCUGAAGUUUCUGAAACACAUGCAUCUGGCUCAGGUAAACCUGGAUGGCACCGGUGUGACUCUGUCCGGCAUUGCUGGCCUCAUCUCUUUCACCAACAUCAGCAGCAUCCGGGCCAGCCACACUCGCGCCAUCCCUCCUGAUGAAGUCUCAGAUGACGACUGGGAAGCCCAAUGAACAGCAGAUUUCUCCAGUCGCUCCACACAUGCCUGAACACAGCUCUAACUGCUGCUGUCCUCUUAACCCCAAAAAUGUCUGCUGACCUCUGCAUAGCUUGGAAACAGCAUGGCUGAAACACAGCUCCUGUUUGCACUGUUCAAUAGCAGCUAGUGGCACUAAUCAAAUUUCAAUCACAUCACUGCUGUAUUGAAAUCUUGAAAGGGAGCAUCGUAUUGAUAAAUGAGACCCUCUAAUGUUUACAUAUAGAUUCAUUCAGUACUCUGCAGCUCUUUGUCUCUGGUAUACUCCAGAUGACAAGCUUGCCAAGCUCUGCAGCUUGAGGUCCUUAGCAUCAAUGGAACCACCCGGGAACAUAACAGUCCUCCACCAUGCUUUCCAGGCCCUCGUUCACCCACAGUAUUUUGAAAAUGAACUGGAGAUGCAUCGCAUGUCUUUGCAGAUUGACACAACUAACAGUCUGUGUCUUGUAAAUCAAAAUUAAAAUUCAGUCCAGUUAACAGUUAUGCAUCAGUUGACUUUAGCAAGAGAGGUUUUUUGUAAGUGUGAAGGUGGGUCAUAUCAUUCAGGAUGUUUCAAUUUUACUUACGUUGCCUCUUAUUGGAGCUUUUAUUGAGUCUUAAGCUAUACUCAUUACAUGUCAUAUUUACUCUGUGACCUGACAACUAUGAUUUCUGGAGCCUCAUCUAUUUGGAAAUGACUGUUUUCAGUUUAAAGAAAAAAAAUGUUCAGUCUUUUUUUCUUUUUGACUGAAGUCUGAAAAAGUGUUGGCUUCAGCAAAUGUUAGACAAAUCUUAAAUUACCAUGUUCCUUUGUUUUUGGUUAUGCCAUGAAAAGCAGAUAUUUUGGGGUAAGCCUGGUGAUUUUCCUUGUCAUCGUCCGGUCCAUCAAUUACAAGACUGGGCAAACAGUGUAAUGCACUAGUGCGUGUAAAAUUAUAUUGGAUCUAUGCAGCCUUGGGGCUCACAAGCCAGAAUCCAAAGCACUUCUAUAAUGGUAAAAAGUUUUUGUUUACAGAGUUGUAAAAUACAGUUUAUUUUCCCAAAAUGCUGUUGAUUUUGGAAAAGGCUGUAUUCUGUGCAUUUAAAAUGGAAGAUGAAGAAAUGAUUAAAAUCUUCUGAAUCAGAA